AUGGCGCGCGCGCGCGCGUUAAUCUCCGGUUCUCUUUUCGCUAAGAAGCAUCUCAGCCACGCUGCCGUCACUAGUAGAUUACAGAUAAUUGAGUAUGGCAGCGGAGAGUAUGAACCUGAAACGAGGGUUGCAAAUAACAGAGAGCUUGAUUUGAAGGUUGCAAGCAGACAGCAGCUUCAUGUACCAAGAUGGUGCUCUGCUGACAUACAUUCGGUUAACCUUGCUCAGACGGAUACGAUAUUUAUUGUGGGUUCUUGCAAUGGGUUGAUUUGUCUUGGAGUAUCAAGGGGAUUGUUUCUGUUAUGGAACCCUUGCACUAGAGAAACGAAGAUGUUACCCCAACUAGAUACAUCAUGGAAAUCGAUGUUUUAUGGCUUUGGUUAUGAUUCUGCCGGCGAAGAUUACAAGGUCGUAGUGGGCGCUCUAUAUGAAAGAAAUAUUGCCGUUUUGAGUCUUAAAACGGGUUCAUGGAGGAUAGUUGAAGGUCUUGAUGAGCCUGUUAGCUUGCAAGGGAAUAUUGGAUGCUUUUUUAAAGGUGCUCUACAUUGGUUAGGGUUUAAAGAAGACGAUGGGGUGGAUAGUGUGGAAAUAAUCUCUUUCGAUUUAGCGGAGGAGGAAUUUCUGGCGGUUCUGCCAUUACCCAUUAGUUUUCCGAAAACGUGGUGGAACAGCAUUAAUUGUAUGUGCCUAUGGCCGAACUGGUAUUGGGAUCGGGACUAG